AUGGCCCCAUUCCGCAUUGUGAUUGUAGGCGGAGGCAUCGCCGGAUUCACUGCAGCUAUCGCUCUUCGGGGCAUCAAUCGGCAAAUCAUCGUCUUGGAGCAGUCGGCUCUCAACAAAGAAAUUGGUGCUUUGAUAUCUCUUCAGCCAAAUGCAGUCAAGAUUGCUGAAUCACAAUGGAACUUACGGCGGGAUUUCCUCGACGCACAACAGAUGAUUGAUGAAGGAUUCCGUGUAUACAACACCGAUGGUGAUCUUGUAAACACCAUCCCUCUGAAGACCCAGGAAAAGUAUGGGGCGGAGCGGCUACUGUUCCAUCGCAGAGACCUUCAUGAGGCACUAAAGAAUGCUGCCGUCUCAUCUGAAAGAGCAGGCGAUCCAGUUCUUGUGCGGACAUCAUCGCGAGUGACCGGGUGUGACGUGGUGAAUGGCAUAGUAACCCUGGAUGGAGGCGAGAGCAUCCAGGGUGAUCUUAUAGUGGGCGCGGAUGGAAUUCAUAGCGUGCUUCGCAAACAUGUUAUUGUGGAUAGUGCAACUCCUACAUUUACCGGCCACUCUGCAUAUCGUCUGAUGGUGCCGACCGAAGUCCUCGAACGGGAAGAGCCUGAGUUCUGUUCAAAGAUUAAUCCUCGCGAGCCAUUCACAUCCAUGAUUGUUGCUCACAAUUGUCGUCUUAUCAUGGGCCCUGGUAGACAGGGUGAGGUGUACGGUAUUGUUGCAUUGGUGCCAGACGAUCAAAUGAACGAGGAUCCUGCACUCAAGCAGUCUUGGGUAUCGGAAGGAGAUCUAGAAAAAAUGUUACACACAUUUCACGACUUUCCACCCUGGGUCACGAGGAUUUUCAGGCAUUCCGUCGACUUGGGAUUGUGGCAGCUUAGAGACAUGGAUCCGUUGAAAAUAUGGCAUCGGGGCCGGGUGAUUCUCAUCGGCGAUGCUGCACAUGCGAUGCUACCGACUCAGGGACAAGGCGCGAGUCAGGCGAUUGAAGAUUCCGAAGCGUUGGGAUCCUUCUUUGAGGGAAUACAUGAAUCGCCUGCUUUCCAAGAUCUGUCCACAAUUCUCGAAGAUGUUUUCCAAUCUCGACAUUCACGCGUGAGUUCGAUCCAGGCAUACAGCCGAGAAGCAGCCAAACCUGGGACGGCACAGGGGAAUAAGUCGGUAACCAUGAACCCGGAGCAAUUUAUGGAUUUCAAUUGCCAGUAUCACGGAGCGAAGGACUGGCAGAGUCGGCAGGCGCGAAGUGGCCCGCAAAAACCAACGCGUCCCGACUCCGCAUCACCUCCGCAUUUCGCAUUUCGCAUUUCGCAUACUUGUACUCCGUACUUCUCCACCCCCUCAACUGCACUUCAUUUUGAUAUCAUGUCUCGCAAUGGAUACGCCUCAGACUCCGCGACGCUCUUCGAGGGGGAAGACUGGGAAUCAUCACUGUCCUCACUGCAACAAAGCAUACGAGCGCCCCGAUCAUCUGGCGCGUCAUCUAGACUCUCGUUGAUCGUAACGAGCGCACUUUUCAAUGUCCGGUCUGCCUUCGCGGAUUCAAUCGUCGAUUCAUUACUCCCACAAGAUACAGUCCCGUCAUACUCCAGCUUGAGCGCUUAUCCCAUCUUCUUUGAACAGGUAAUGCUUCCAGAUGUCAAUGUGGAAACACUCCCCCAAGAAGCUCACCAGCCUCGUGGAGUAUUUGACUUUAUGCUGGACACUGAUUUUGGCUUCGCGGGAAACGACCUUUUUGGCACCAAUUUUAUUCCAGACCUGGAUCGCAUUCUUGAUAACACAGCGCCAUUUUCCGAAUAUGAAAAUCUACAGGAUCCACAGCCUGGUCAUCAUGAAUCGGCCAGCCGGCGGGCUGCGGCAUUCGAACGCUCUUUCUGGUUGUGGGUUCCUGGAAAAAACCAACAUGCGUUUAGUGAAGAGCGAAGAAUCCCGCUUCGCGAUGGUGAUAGCAUCUCACCGACUCACAGAAAUCGACUGGACGCCCUCCAGAUACCAGGGAAGCUUUCCAUGCAGGCACGUGAUGAUAUCUUCAAGCUGGUUGUUCAAACUGCAGGGUCCCGACUUUCUAUCUCCUCAUUCCCAUCUUCUGAUUAUCUAGACACUCUCAUCAAGAUUGGCAUUGGAAAGAGAACUGAAACUGAUGCCUGGAUUCAUCCCUACACUUUUUACGAGCAGCAGUUACGGCCGGAAUUGCUGACUGGCCUUGUUGCUGCUGGGUGUGUCUGCUGUGGCCUGUCCUCCAUUAACAAGACAGGUAUUAUCCUACAAGAGAUCACUCGGGCGUCUCUGGCACAGCUGGUGGAAGAUGACAACAGCGCUUUUCGGGAUCUACAAUGGCUACAAGCUUCAAUGCUGUGGUUAGAUAUUGGCAUAUUCUGCGGGUACAAGCGCAAGAUGCAAAUAGCUGAAAGCUAUCUGCAGCCCUUAUGCACGGCAUUUCGACGUGCUGCUGCAUUUGAUCGAUCAACAUAUUCAGCCCUCAUACCACCCAUGGAAGAUGACGAGGAUUUACUGACCAAAGUGUGGCACGAAUGGAUAAAGCAAGAAUCUUUGAAACGCCUAGCCUAUCAUCUUUUUGGUCAUGAUAUAGAAGUUGCUAUGGUAAUGAAUCGGCCAGCUCUUACGUCGUAUACCGAGUUGACCCUCCCAUUUCCUGCCGCACGAGAUCUGUGGCUGGCACCAACCGCAAUCGCAUGGAGGAAUCUUUGGAUGGAGAAAUAUCGAGAGAUAGAGCUUUCUGAUAUAAGUCUGCGAGAUUUGCUAUCAGACCCGUCGUUGAUAACAAACAUUUCCAUUGAAAAAGAUUUUGAUAUUGCAAAAUCAGCAUUACUCCAUGGCUUGGCCAGUCAAACUUUUGACUUUCGCCAGCAGAUGAUUUUGUCGAAAGGAUCACCGUCUGGCCCCCGGGCCAUGGCUCAGCUUUGGCUGCAGAGCAGACAAGAUGACAUGUAUUCAACUUUAAAGGCAGUACAAGACGAUGCUUCAAAUCCACCACCUGUCAUUACAUUGCUCAAUGAGUUCGUCAUGAUGUAUCUUCAUAUUGACAUGGAUGCGAUCCAACGAUUCGUCGGAAAGCUGGGAGAGCUCGAUGCCCGUCGAGCAUACCCAGGUCUUCGCGAGUGGAGUCGCACAAAAGAGGCACGGGCAGGGAUAUGGCAUGCCGGUCAGGUUUUACGCGCUGCCCGCUCAGUUGCGGCCCACCAACUUCGUGGUUUUGAUGCUAUGGCUAUUUACCACGCUGCGUUGGUUCUGUGGGUUUUCGGCUUACUUCAGUGCGGCGAAACCACGCGAUAUGAAGCUCAGACCCCUAUGAGCGAAAAUCAACCUCUUCCAUACAUUGCCCUCGAUGGGUCAUGGGGUCGGCUAGCCAAAACUUUUGUGGGGCACGGCCAUGGUCUACCGGGAUUGACCGUAACCCAACCCCAUAAUGGGCGCACUGGUGACUCUCUGGCCUUCUGUGAGCUGAACAAGCCUCGAUCAGUUAUGACUAUUGCCCGACAAGUUUUGGAAGGAAAUUGUCCCCGUCUCUUUCCGGAUGACAGCCUACCACCGAUGAUUCAGAACAUCUGUGAGCUCAUUCAAGAUCUAGGAAAUUUGCCGUAG